AAAGGUCCUUCCCCUACCCAACUUCCCCAAAGGCCCCAAAGACUGCAGAUUUAUCUAGUUUGCCGACACGAGCUCUUGAAUGUUCAGCGGACAAGGGCUUAAAUAUAAGAGAGUGGGAACUCCUAACAUUUUAAGGGAUUUGUGUGUAUUUCCAAAACUGACUUUUGACCGCCAUCCAACACCUGCAGCGUGAGAUUCCUGAGCGUCUCGCCAUCCUGCGGCUCUAACAUGUUCUGUUGGUUAAGUCGGCUGUACAGGAGUUUAUCCAGACCCACUAGAAGGACCACACAGCUGAUCGGGGGUUCUUUCUCCCGAAGUCUGGUACUGAGUUCACAGAGGAGAAUUCCAGAACUCAGUAGCUUUGUUGCCCGGACCAACACGUGUGGAGAGUUGCGUUCUUCUCACUUAGGCCAAGAAGUCACCUUGUGUGGAUGGAUUCAGUACCGAAGGCAAAACAUCUUCCUGGUCCUAAGAGAUUUCCAUGGGCUUGUUCAAGUUAUCAUUCCUCAGGAUGAGUCGGCUGCUUCUGUGAAGAAGAUUUUAUGUGAAGCCCCCAUGGAAUCUGUGGUGCAAGUGUCUGGGACAGUAAUUUCUCGACCUCCAGGACAAGAGAAUCCAAAAAUGCCAACAGGUGAGAUUGAAAUCAAAGUUAAAACAGCUAAACUUCUGAAUUCCUGCAAGAAGCUGCCCUUUGAAAUUAAGGACUUUGUGAAGAAAACAGAGGCUCUUCGUUUGCAGUAUCGCUACUUAGAUUUGCGUGGUGUCCAAAUGCAGUAUAACCUGCGACUGAGGUCCCAGAUGGUCAUGAAAAUGCGGGAAUAUCUCUGUAAUCUACAUGGGUUUGUGGAUAUAGAAACACCAACAUUAUUUAAAAGGACUCCAGGGGGUGCAAAAGAGUUUGUAAUACCAUCCAGGGAACCUGGAAAGUUUUAUUCUCUCCCUCAGAGUCCUCAGCAGUUUAAGCAGCUUCUGAUGGUUGGUGGUUUAGACAGAUAUUUUCAGGUUGCCCGAUGUUAUCGAGAUGAAGGAUCAAGACCAGACAGACAGCCCGAAUUUACUCAGAUUGACAUAGAGAUGUCCUUUGUAGAACAGACUGGCAUCCAGAGUCUAAUUGAGGGUUUGCUCCAGUAUUCAUGGCCCAGUGACAAAGAUCCUGUGGUGGUUCCUUUUCCUUCUAUGACUUUUGCUGAGGCGUUGGCCAGCUAUGGAACUGAUAAACCUGACACUCGCUUUGGGAUGAAGAUUGUAGAUAUCAGUGAUAUGUUCAGAAACACAGAGGUUGGAUUUCUUCAAGAUGCGCUUAGUAAACCCCAAGGAACCAUCAAAGCCAUAUGUAUCCCUGAAGGAGAAAAAUACUUAAAAAGGAAAGACAUUGAGUCCAUUAGAAAAUUUGCAGCUGACCAUUUUAAUCAGGAAGUCUUACCUAUAUUUUUGAAAACCAAUAACAACUGGAAUUCUCCAGUUGCUAAAUUCAUAAUGGAGGAGCAAGGAUUGGGACUAAUCAGACUGUUGGAGACCCAAGAGGAGGAUGUGGUCCUGCUAACUGCCGGAGAGCAUAAGAAAGCAUGCUCUUUGUUGGGAAAAUUACGACUAGAGUGUGCUGAUCUUCUAGAAGCAAGAGGAGUGGUGCUUCGUGACCCAGCUUUGUUCUCUUUCCUUUGGGUUGUGGAUUUCCCCCUCUUCUUUCCCAAGGAGGAAAAUCCCAAAGAGCUGGAGACAGCCCAUCACCCAUUUACUGCUCCCCACCCCAGUGACAUCCACCAUCUUUACACUGAGCCCCAAAAGGUCCGUAGCCAACACUAUGACUUGGUUUUAAACGGCAGUGAGAUAGGAGGUGGUUCUAUCCGAAUUCAUGAUGCAGAGCUACAGCAUUACAUCCUGGCAACAGUACUAAAGGAAGACGUGAAAUUGCUCUCCCAUCUGCUCCAGGCUUUAGAUUAUGGGGCGCCCCCUCAUGGAGGAAUUGCCAUAGGAUUAGACAGACUGAUGUGCCUUGUCACUGGAGCGCCAAGCAUCAGAGAUGUCAUAGCCUUCCCCAAAUCUUUCCAGGGGCAUGACCUUAUGAGCAAUGCCCCAGAUUCUAUCCCGCCUGAGGAACUGAAGCCCUAUCAUAUCCAGGUCUCCUGGCCAACAGACUCAGAAACAGAAAAGAGUUCAUUGAAUCAUCCAUGCCAUCCAGAAAGUUGAGCUUUUGAGUUUUGUCCUCUUUGCUUCCCCAAGGUUAAAAUCAGAUCUGGAGUUCAGCCACAGAUCUGACUUCAAGUUUUUAAAUGAAAGGAAUCCAGGCAACAUUCUUCACCUCAAUGAAGAAACAGAUAAAAGGUGCAUUAUUAGGAUUAUUUUAUUUGGGACUUUUUUGAAGUUUCUUUUUACUUGGAGAGGUGUGAAACAUGGCUCUUUG